GACAGUAUACCAGUGUAGAUGAGUUUGUAUUGUUAUUUUUCUAUAAUUGAGUCUGUACAUAUAUGUAUAGGGAGUAUUUUCGAAUAACAAGUUUAUUUACAUAACUAAUUAGAUGGAACUCUCAACUACUCCAACUUUUCUUGAUAACGUGGCGACUGGCCUCUCCACUUCAACAGCCUCCUAUACUUCUUUCGUACAUAAAUCAGCAGGCAUAAGAUUUUCAUGGUAUGACUAUUUAAUUUUCUGUUUCUUGAUAUUGAUCAGUUUGGGAAUAGGAAUUUACUUUGGAUGUUUUGGAAAGAAGCAAAAUGUGAAAGAUUAUUUGCUAGCAGGAGGAAACAUGAAAGUUUUUCCUGUGGUUGUAUCAUUAGUUGCAAGCCAUACUUCAGGAAUAACAUUACUGGCUCUUCCAGCAGAAGUCUACAGCUUUGGAGCAAAUUAUUGGCUUUGUGCCAUAUGUCUUUAUAUAGUACCUGUAAUAACUGUGUACGUUUUCCUUCCAGUUUUUUACAAACUGCAGCUAACAAGUACAUACGAAUAUUUGGGUAUAAGAUUCGAUAAGAAAACAAGAAAACUCGCAUCUGUAUUAUUCACCAUUUCUGUCUUCUGCUUAGUACCCAUUGCCACAUAUAUUCCAGCAAUGGCAUUUUCAUCUGCAACUGGGUUGGAUUUGCAUAAAAUAAUCCCUGUUAUUUGCGGCACAUGCAUUUUCUACACUGCAAUCGGAGGACUCAAGGCUUUGGUAUGGUCCGAUACUUUACAGUUUUCAGCAACUCUUGGCGCACUGUUGACAAUAUUGGGUCUUGGUUUGUAUAAAGUAGGAGGCAUAGGGAAAGUAAUGAUGUUAGCAUAUUCAACUAACAGGUUGGACCUUUUUGAUUUUGCUUUGGACUUUACAAAAAGAGAUUCCUUUUGGACUAUAGUAAUUGGUUUCUCGUUUCAUUGGAUAGCAGUAAUGUCCAUCAAUCAAGGAUGUAUGCAGAAAUUCUUGGCAGUUGGCACUUUCAGGGAAUCUAAAUGGGUUGUAUUUUUAUAUUGCUCCGUUGGAAUGAUUGCAGUAAAAUCUAUAAGCAUUUUAAGUGGAUUAACCAUGUAUACCCACUAUGCAGAUUGCGAUCCUUUAAAGUCUAAUAAAAUACGACAUAACAACGAGAUCUUUCCUUACUUUGUUCUGGAUGUGGCUGGUCAAAUUCCUGGAUUAUCUGGAUUAUUUAUUGCUGGAGUCUUUUGUGCUUCUUUAAGUGCCCUAUCGUGUAAUUUAAACAGUUUAGCUGGAACCAUAUAUGAAGAUUUUAUCAAACCAAAGCUUAGUACCAAAAAUCAAGAAAAUGCUGGAUAUUUUCUCAAGGGGUUAGUUGUUAUAAUUGGUAUCAUCGGAACCGCUCUUGUUUACAUCGUUGAACACUUAGGAGGUCUUCUAUCGCUAUCCGUUGGCCUGGGCGGUAUUGCCCAAGGACCAUUGCUGGGGCUUUUUACAUUAGGAGUACUGUUUCCAAGAGCAAAUGCAAAAGGUGCUUUCUGUGGAGCAUUGGCCAGUAUAGUAACAGUAACGGGUUUAGUUUUUGGUGCUUAUUAUCUAAAAUCACAGCAUAUUAUUGUUCCGGAAUACAAAACAACAUCGAUUGCUGGUUGUUUAAAUGGAACAGAUUCAAUAUUAGACAAUCUUAUGGGAAAUAGUACAAAAAUAGAACACAUAGAGACACCAGCUGCUCUUGUAAUUUUUAAGAUCUCAUUUUAUUGGUAUGCCUUUAUUGGAACUAUGAUAUGUAUUGUCCUAGGACUAGUCAUAAGCUACCUUUCAGAAGAACAAAGUCCCCCUAUAGCUCGUGAACUUCUAUGUCCUCUGAUAUAUGAUAUAAUAGAUGAAAAAUACGUAGACAAAAUGAUUUUGGAUUAUGAACAAGUCAGCAUGGACUUGGAGGGAAAACAUGCAGGAGGAAGAAGAAUGUCCAGGUGGGAAGAAAAUAGACAAGAAAGACUGAGAAAAGCAUCUUAUGUUUCAGGACAAUUUGAAUGUUAAUGCAACAGUACGCUUUUAUUAUCAUUUCUGUUUCAAGAUUGUGAUACACUAGUCAAAUUAGAAUGUUGAUAGAGAUAUAUUUUUGUUGAUAGAAGUAAAAUUUUGUAUAUACUCGUAGAAAUUAAAUUAUUUUUUAUAUCAACA